UCGACUAAAUUUAUCAGAAUUUUCGGGUUUCAGCAUUACAAUUUUUCUUGAUCAUGAUGAGAACAGCUCCAAUUUCAAAUUUGUUUCAGAGUUUUCGAACGAUUCGGUGAAAAAUACUUCCAGGAGAAAAAAAAUUGGAAUCAGGAAUUUGAAGCGAGCUUGUUGGGGUACAUGUUUCCCCCCAUUUGAUGGUAAUGCUCUAUUUGGAGUGGGAGAAUGACAGCCUUGGCGAGGCUUGUGGAUGCUGGAAGUGUCUCAAGAGCUGCAACAGAGGAAGUUAGCUUCCAAAAGUUGGCUGCACAAUCCAUAGGGAGAGAAUUACGAGAUGCAGAUGAAGCAAAUUUGAUUGAUGAAGAAGAUAUGCGUAUUUUUGGUUUGAGACCAAUGACAGAUCCUUUGGAUUUGGUAUGUUGCAAUGCUUGCAAGAAGCCAAUCAAGGCCAGUCAUUAUGCUACGCAUGCAGAGCUCUGUAAGUCUCUAGGUUCUAGAGCGGAAAUCAAUGUGGAACUUAAUGGCCCUGCAGUGACUAAGAAACCUCCAAGGAAGGAGAGGAAAAAGUCACAGAUUACUCAAAGCAAAAAGGCCAAAUCACUCGGAGAGUCCAAAAAAUUUGAUUCUGUAGACUCUGGUGAUCUAGCUGCACCAGGACGUCGUAUAGAUGGGAAUAUUCAAAUGAGUCUCUUGCCUGAAGCUCGACGUGAAACACCUUUGAACACCAACAAAAUUAAUGGUUCAACAGUGAACCCUUACAGCGUGGACUGUUUCAAAGAUGUAACCAAACGCUCAUCGAAACCGCGCAAAAGGACAUCAACUGAAAAUCCAUCAAAUCAAGGUACUCAGAAUUUGUGCAAGCCAGCUGCCGAGGUUCUUCCAUAUGUACCAGCUCCCCUUGCGACCAAAAUAUACUAUUCCCAAAGAAAUCACAAUCUCCGAAGAGCCAUUUCUCACAUGUUCUUUGAGGAACCAGACAAACAGUUGAGCAAUGAGGUUCCAUCUUCAGAAGAUUAUCAAGUAAAUGCUACUCUCGGACAAACUUCAUAUCCUGGAACUUUUUGCAAUGAACAAGUUGCACCUCAGCAGAGAGACAACAAAAUUUUGCUCUUUGCUCGAACUCCUGACCACGUUCUUUCAGCAAGGUCAAACUUCUACAUGGGCGAGUCAGGAGCAUUUGAACCAUCCAUGACCUCAGCUGCUCAACUCCCUGUGAAUAAUACUCUAGGACCUCAUUGCAUAGUGAAUUCUUAUUCAUUUUCUGACAAACCUGGAAACUCUCUAGUUACUCUCCAGCAAGGCAGUGGAACUGUUCCCGUUGUAUAGGACUUCUUGUGGAGAACUUUGCUCAGUACAGCUGUAGUUACUCUGGUUGCUCUAACCGAUGACUUGAAAAAGAAGAAAGAAAAGAUGCACAGUACUAGCUUAACGCUUAACCGUGAUCACAUCCCAUCCACUACCAGUUUCAAGACCAGUGUACAGGUUGGUCUUGACAAUUUCAAUACUCUCAUGUUGAUACAAAGACAAUAGUAUGGGAUCAUUAGUUACUUAAAAAGUAGUCGAACCAAUCAUCUGUUUGCUUUCGUAGCCUGUAGCCAACAUUUUCUCAAAUUGGUAUUACACAUCAUUGCUGAAUGCAACA